GAGGCAUGGAUCUCGAUGGAACACAAAGCAUUGACAAUUGGCAUUUUUGCAUUGUCGCUUGUUAUUUCAUUAUUUAUUGGGAUAUCCAUUGCAGCUCUACUUGCCAUAUGGUGCCCGCGGAAAAUUCGAAAAACUCCGGACAGCAUGAAAAUCGAUAUGUUUCCCAAUGAAAAGGAAAUGGAGGCGGUCAAAAGAAUGGGACUUGAUGAAGACAUAGCGUUUCGCCGUCGAUUCGCAUCGCAAAGAUUGAAAAGGCCGACUAUUCAAAUGGCAAUGCAUGCAUCUGUAUUUGAAAAUUUCGAGGAUAAUAGAGAGAAUGAGUCGGAUGAGGUUGUCUCACCACCAGUUCCACCGAGAGGUAAUAGUCCACCGCCGGUGCCUCCUAGAGAUUCCACCGAUGCCUCCUAGAGACAAUAUUGAAUAAUUUUCUAUGUACCGCAAAAUAUAAUUAAUCAAUCCAACAAGGCACACAUUUCACUAAUUGAAGCAAACUAGUUAUUAGUUUAAUUAA